CUAGCAUCCUAGCGUGGCCCCAAUUUUGGUUAUCGUCACGACAUCACCUCACGCUCUCUCCAUCACUCUCUCUCUCUCUCUCAGUUUCACCUCUGCGCAUCACAUCGACACUCGUUUCGCAUCAGCGCAUCGCCGCUUCCAUUGUCCACCAUUGUUGUCUUGCCCACGGGCCAUCAGCCAAGCCCAUCUCGCGCCAUCACCGCCUCCACGGCGCAAGAUAAGCACACGCUUGUCACAUCACCAAACCCUCCGCCGCACGCGACAAUACAAGCGUCACUCAUCACCACGCCCCUCCCCUCGCCAUGCUCUCUCUCCUCUCCCUACCUCUCCUCGCGGCCGCUGCGCAUGCAUCAGCGCUCUUCCCACGAGACUACUCCGGGUUCAAGGACCCAAAUGCUCUCGGUGGUUCGAUGCUGACGGUCGUCAACAACACCUACCCACCAGGGUUGGGCGAGCCCCUCAAUGUCAUCAUCUCGACCGAGAGUGAUCCAGCCGUCCUCAAGGACAGCUUGUACGACGGUGGCUUCCAGAACUACAUGCUCUCAGUGUAUCUCUCGACGCAAUGUCUCGGCGCUCAAUUCAGCGCGGUCCAAGAGGCCAACUUGGACGGCCGCACCAACGUCUCCGAGAUCCAGACGCUGCGGUACAACUACGGCGACCCAUACAUCGGCUCAUGUCGCGAAACGUUCGAAGGCGGGCAGCACCUGCGCUACUGGACCCAAAACAGCACGGGUGCCAUCUUCAUGGCUGUGUCGGUGGAGAUGGAGCUGGCGAAGGGCCACGACAUCAUCCGCAACGGCUACAACGCCGGCCGUGACUUCCUCGUCGGCAACCUCACCAACCUCACCGAGCCGCUCAACGGGCGCAAUCUCACCAACACGAGCACCUUCGCCGGCAGCACCAGAUACCGCAACUACACGUACCACACCGACGUGCGGUACGUCAGCGGCCUGUUGCAGAACUCGAGCGAGGACAUCAACCACUACAUCACCGUCGAGGACGAUGGGCUGCCCGCCAUCGACGGGCUGGUCGCCGUCCUCACUGUCACCAUCACCGACCGACCUGAGGGCACGAUGAGCGCCGCGCAGCGCACUGUCGCGAGUGCUGCACUCGCUGCCGCGGCGCUGGCCGUUGCGGUUCUCUUGUAGGCGAUAGAUUAGAGUAUCAACUGACGAACACUGUAUCAUAUAUGAUUAGACUACAUAGAGUAUGCUGUGCGAUGUGAUGUCCUCCAUGGGGGACAGCGGACUGAGCUAGAGGUAAAGCGUGAAGACGGAGG